CGCGACACGGCGAGCCUGUGACGUCUAGCACGAAAAUGGCGGCCUCCGUGCUGACUCGCAGCGCGAGGCUCCUGGCUCUGCCGCUCUUGUCUGGACCCGCCUGGUGUGGGGGCGCGCGCCGCGGGGUGCGGGCGCUGAGGCGGACCCCUGUGAAGGUGCUGAGCCCGGGGCAGGACCCGGGGAGGACAGCGGCUAAGCCGAAGCCAGAGACGCGGCGAGGGAGGGACCGCCCAGGCUCGGGCCGGGAACCAAGGCCGGAGUCGGAGCCGGAGCCGGGGCCGGAGCCGCGGGCGAGUCCCAGUGCCUGGGAGGAGGCCGGAUUGCGCUACGAACGCGCCCUGCCUGGGGACCGGAGGCUCAGCAAAGUGAUGACAAUCGUCAAGUCCAGGUCAUUCCGGGACAAGCAAGGGAAGAUCUUGUUGGAGGGCCGGAGGCUGAUUGCUGAUGCCCUGAGAGCUGGUGCUGUACCCAGAACAGUCUUCUUUAGUCGGCUAGAAUAUGUAAAGGAGCUCCCUGCUGAUAAACUAAAAGGGGUCAGCCUCAUCAAGGUGAAGUUUGAUGAUAUCAAGGAAUGGUCCGACCUUGUAGCUCCACAAGGAAUAAUGGGAAUUUUUGCCAAACCUGACCAUGUUAAGAUGAAAUAUCCAGAGACUCAACUUGAAUAUUCACUGCCCUUGUUGCUGAUUUGUGACAAUCUCCGUGAUCCUGGAAACUUGGGUACCAUCCUGAGGUCUGCUGCUGGAGCAGGCUGCCAAAAGGUGCUUCUCACCAAAGGUUGCGUGGAUGCUUGGGAGCCCAAAGUGCUCCGGGCUGGCAUGGGGGCUCACUUCCAGGUGCCCAUCAUCAGCAACCUGGAGUGGGAAACCAUUCCCAACUACUUCCCUCCGGACACCAGAGUCCAUGUGGCUGACAACUGUGGCCUCCACACCCGGGCCCUGGCCCAGAGGGCUGGCAAAGCCAGCGACCAGGGCUGGGUAUGCGACCGGCGCUUUCAGAAACAUCUCAAGUAUGAGGAGGUGGACGACCCGGAGGAGGGGGAGGUGCCGGCCGACAGCUGGCUCCCGGAGCUCCAGGUCCAGCCUUAUGAUGCUGCCUGGACAGAUGCUCCGGCAGCUGUGGUGAUAGGAGGGGAGACGCACGGGGUCAGCCUGGAGUCCCUCCAUUUGGCCGAAAGUACCGGAGGCAAGAGGCUGCUGAUCCCCGUCGUCCCGGGUGUGGACAGUCUGAACUCUGCCAUGGCUGCCAGCAUCCUGCUCUUUGAGGGGAGAAGGCAGCUGCGAAGACUCCGGGAGGAGCAGGCUGGAGCCUGGCCCGGGAGGCACAUCUCACCAGGCCUGGGGUGAUGGUGGCCUCGCCCCUCACUUUGGAGGAGUCCGGAGGGGCCCAUCUACCUUGAUUUCUAAUGAUCUUUUUUCCCAUCAGCCAGAGCCUCUUCGGAGGGGGAGGAUGGGUUGGAGGGCCCCCACUGCUUUUCUGUAGCUCCCAUUAUCCCUCCCCUCCAUUAAGCCAGCAGGGGGCAGCCGCAACAAUGAAAGUGGAGAGGAAAGGCAUCAAUGUUUAAACAGGAGACCCCCGCGGCAUCCGCUGUAUUUGUAGUUUAAAGUGGAAGGAAAACACGGGCUUUGGACAAAGGCUCCUCCCCAUCAAGCUGGAGCAGGAAGCCAGGGAGGCAGACACGGCUGUCUUUGGGGGCUCCCCUGUAAGAAGCAAACUCUUGGUAUCCUUUAAAGGUACCUGAGUUAGAAAAUGGGGCGGCGGGGGGGAUGCGGGCCUUAUCUCCCCCUCUCCAGGGAGGGGCCGUUCUGGCCUCCUGGGAGCGUAGCAGAUUGCAUUAAAAUGGUUUUGUUCUGGC